GUAAAGCUGGGUUUAUCUAUUCAGUGGGCUCUCUUGGCUGGCUUGAUCACUUCUUGCCUUGGCCUGGUGCUGUGGCGCUCCUCUCGGAAGAUCUUCUUUGACAAGAUCUGCAUCGCACAGAAUGAUCCCAAGCUCCAGGUGGAGGGUGUGGUCAAUGUGGGUGCCACCGUGAAGAGCUCGAAGUCGAUGCUCGUCUGUUGGGAUCCCACUUACCUGAGCCGCCUGUGGUGCGUUCUGGAAGUGGCCGCCUUUCUGAAAACCCAUGAGAAUGCGGCAGAGCUCAUCAUCCGGCCUACUAGCUGGGGCCCUCUGGCAAUCGUUCUGUUCAGCACAUUCUGGGCCUGGAGUGGAGUUUCUCAGUGGACUGCGAGCCUGGUCCUGGGCUACGUGGACAUGGAGCAAGUGGGGCCCAUCACGGUGGCCUUGAUUUACGCCGCAGUUAACGCGGUCAACCACAUGCUCUUCAUGCCCUGGAUCGCCCACUUCUGGCGCAGCCACCUGCGGGAUUUGGAGCAGGCUUGCACUCAGCUCUCGGAUUUCCGCUUCGACCGGGACGUAAGUUGCUACUGCUGCGCCAUUGGCCACGUCAACCCAGUAACGGGCAAGGCGAUGAUUUGCGACCAUGCGACCAUAAGAGAAUGCCUCCACAUUUGGUUUGGGUCUACCGCCGAGUUCGAGCAGGUCAUUCGCGACAGGGUGGCGCCAACUUUCAAGCGGAGUUUUAGGAAGCACCCGUUGCCAUACAAAUGGAUUUUGGGAGCCACAGUCCCAACGCUCUGGAUCAGCAUGUGCAAUGCCAUGCAGGCAGCUCAUGACGGGUCAGAAUUCCUGGCCAUGCA